CAAAUUCAUUGCACCAAAACCUUACUCCUUUCUGUAGUGUUAUUUGUUUCAGCCGUCCCAAUCAUCGUUCUAGUUAGUUUUUCCCAAGAAAAACUCAUUCAUUGUUUCCAUUUCAUUCGGAUUGGAAUGGCCACAACAACCCCAAAGUUGAUCUCUGACAAGAACGAGAUGCGAAACUGGUCUCGCUCCAUGCGGGCCCAAGGCAAGCUAAUUGGGUUUGUCCCCACCAUGGGCUUCCUCCACGCCGGCCACCUCUCUCUCGUCUCCCAGGCCCGCUCCCUCUGCGACGUGGUCGCCGUCUCCAUCUACGUCAACCCGGGCCAGUUCGCGCCCUCCGAGGACCUCUCCACCUACCCCUCCGAUUUCCAAGGCGACCUCCGCAAACUCGCCGCGCUGCCCGGCGGCGUCGACGUCGUCUUCCACCCCCACAAUCUGUAUGAUUAUGGACAUAAUAGUGCUGACGUGGCGGGUGAGGGAGGUGGCCCGGCGGCGUCUUGCGUUGAUGGUGAUGGGUCGGGGCACGAGACUUGGGUGAGGGUUGAGAAGCUAGAAGUGGGAUUGUGUGGGAAGAGUAGGCCCAUUUUCUUCAGAGGGGUGGCUACUAUAGUGACCAAAUUGUUCAACAUUGUGGAACCGGAUGUGGCUGUGUUCGGGAAAAAGGAUUAUCAGCAGUUGAGAGUUAUUCAGAGGAUGGUUCGAGAUCUUGAUUUUUCCAUAAAAGUGAUCGGUGCUGAAAUAACACGUGAGAGUGAUGGCCUGGCAAUGAGUUCACGUAAUGUGCACCUUUCACCUGAAGAGAGGGAAAAGGCACUUUCAAUAAAUAAAUCUUUGUUAAAAGCUAAAUCUGCAGCAGAAGAUGGUGAAGUGCGUUGUGAGAAGUUGAGCAAUUUGGUCAUACAAUGUAUUGCUGAGGCCGGUGGAAGGAUUGAUUAUGCUGAGAUUGUUGAUCAAAAUAAUUUGGAAAAAGUGGAACAGAUCAAGGGUCCUGUUGUCUUUUGCAUCGCUGCAUGGUUUGGGAAAGUCAGACUUAUAGACAACAUGGAAAUCAACUUGUCCAUAGGUGUUUAGUCACCUUCUAUUAUCUCAGACAUGGACCACACGCGUGAUAGUUCGGGCCACAUGCUUAAGAGUUCACUGUUAGGUCAUGAUAGAUUUUUGCCAACUAUGCAUGAUUACCUUUAGAUGCAUUUUUCCACAUUAUGAAAGAGAGCUGCUACCAGUGGACACUUCUGGGAAUCAAUCAACUGGGUUGUUUCCUUUUUAAUAAGGAACUCAUGUUUAUUCAUACUCGAGUUCAACUAUUUGUUGAAUAAAACCUCCAUGAAUGUGAGAAGGGAAGACUGGAAUUUAUUGAGUACAAAUAAUGGGAUUGAAGGUUCAACUAUUUUUUCUUCAAGAUUUAUUUUAUCGUUAUCGUUUUAUA